CCCCGCCCCCCGCCGCCGCCGCCGCCCACCGCUGUACGAAAGAUCGCUACGCCGUCGUAUCCCCGGUUUUUUUUAUAGUCGUAGCUCUCGGCUUAGGGCGUGUUAUUCGGUAAUAUUAUAUAAGAGAGAGAAGCAGCAUCGAGGGGGGGUCGGCCAUGGCUGCGGCGGCGGCGGCUUCUGCUUCUUCUGUUGCUUCCGCGAGGAGAGACGCGGAUCGGAUCAAGGGACCGUGGAGCCCCGAGGAGGACGAGGCGCUGCAGAGGCUGGUCCAGACCUACGGCCCCCGGAACUGGUCCCUCAUCAGCAAGUCCAUCCCCGGGCGGUCCGGCAAGUCCUGCCGCCUCCGGUGGUGCAACCAGCUCUCCCCCCAGGUGGAGCACCGCCCCUUCACCCCGGAGGAGGACGACGCCAUCGUCCGCGCCCACGCCAAGUUCGGCAACAAGUGGGCCACCAUCGCCCGCCUCCUCAACGGCCGCACCGACAACGCCGUCAAGAACCACUGGAACUCUACCCUCAAGAGGAAGUGCUCCUCCUCGUGCUCCGCCGGCGACGGCGACGGCGACCUCGCGGAGCGGCAGCCGCUCAAGCGGUCGGCCAGCCUCGGCACGCCCACGGGCACCAACGCGGUCUCCGAUCUGUUCCUCAGCCCGAGCAGCCCGUCGGGAUCCGACCUGAGCGACUCGGGCUUGCCGGUGGGGAUGCCCUCCCCGCGCGUGUUCCGCCCCGUGGCGAGGACGGGCCCGAUCAUGCCCGCGCUGUCGGGCCAGCACGGCGACGCGUCGUCGUCCACCACCACGGAUCCCCCUACUCUGCUCAGCCUGUCUCUGCCCGGAUCCGAUUUGGCCGAGGUCUCGAACCACGGACCGUCUUGCGGGACCGUGCCGGCGUCCGACCCAAGGCCCAGCCCGACCCUGUUCUCGACCAGGACCCAGGUGAUGCAGCAACAGCCGCCGCCGCCGCCUCCGCCGCUACCGACGCCGACGACGACGGUGCCGAUUCCUCAUCAUGGUCAGUACGGCGAAGGGAUGGGGGCGGCCGGGUACGAGAAGCAGUUCUUCAGCGCGGACUUCAUGGCGGUGAUGCAGGAGAUGAUAAGGAAGGAGGUUAGGAGCUACAUGUCCGGGAUCGAGCAGAACGGCCUGCGCCUGCAGAGCGAGGCGGUUCGGAAUGCGGCUGUCAAGCGCAUCGGCGUUAGCAAGAUCGACUGAAAACCGAAAAAUUAGCACAGGGAGUAGGGGGGGGCCAUCUCAAGCUUUUACGUUGGCGAUCAUCUUCCCCAAGUGAUCGAGGCACAAGAAAAACCAUCAAAUCGGCGCUAGAGAUGCAGAGAGAGAGAGAGA